CAACAAAACAUUAUUCCAAAUUUGAAUCAAACCUUUUAUUUAAUGCAGUGUAAAAGCAAAUAAAUAUUAUCAAAUUAUGAAUAAAAAUAUAAAAUUAUUUUUCACACAAGCAAGAACAAGGGUCAACCACAAUUCUGAAACAGAAAAAAAUAUUAACACACAAUAAAAUCAAAUAUAUUAACAAUAGACUAACAGCACCUUUUAUGGAAUAGCACAAUAAAAAAUGUGUAAAAGAAGAUGAUAGCGCCUUAAAGUAUAAAUGCAGCAGAACAGAUCACAACGAUCAAUGGCACAGAUACGCAACGAAAGACUCUGGCGCUGGCGGUGUCAAUGGGCUGUUGUAACGCUUGCUGCAAUAGGAAUUGUACUGUACAAUGCUGCCGCGAACUUGUGGCUACUUCGACCAACAAACUGCUUCUACUCCACUACUUCACUACCUCAAAUCAUAGAACAGACGUGUGAGCCGUGCUUAGAGACCGCCCCAAACUCAAUUGUUGUUGACGACCCGAUUUCUCGGCUUGAUUUAAACUUAGGCAGAUGGGAUAACACAAGAUCUUACAAGCUCUUUGACUACGCCGCAGUGGGAGAUAUGUAUGUUGAUGCGUCAGCAAGUCGGCAGGUCGCCUUGGCUACUCAGAGCUCUAUCGAAAGGCUACACGAACUGCUCGCUACGACAGCGCAUUGGUCGGGUCCAGUUUCAGUAGCGGUUUUUAUUGUUGGUGACGAACUGCGAUUGCUAAGAGCAUUUACGAUGUGGCUCUUUAGAUGUCAACCAGAGUUAUACUCGAGAAUGGCAAUACAUGUGGCUACGCCAGGGUUGAAGCUAGCAGUACACGGGGAAGUACCAAGUUGGGCCAGAAACUGUGACGCAAAACCUUCGCUCAUGGGAAAAGGUGAACCGGAUUCGGCUUGGCGAUCUAGACAUCCCUAUCCUCAAAACCAUUUGAGGAAUCUUGCCAGAAAAAACUGUCAUUCGCAGUACACAUUUUUGGUAGACAUUGACAUAGUCCCUUCUAAGGGGAUGGCUGAGGAGCUGGAUAUUUUUUUUACUAAAACCCCUAAAUGUGAGUUAUGCGCUUACGUAAUACCGACAUACGAGUUAGACACACGAGUUGCAAAUUUUCCUGUGAAUAAAAAAGCGUUGCUAAGGCUAUCGAAGAAUAAAUUAGCAGUGCCGUUUCAUAGAAGAGUAUUUAUAUACAACCAGUAUGCCUCAAAUUUUACAAGAUGGGAGUCAACUGGUGGCAACGAGAGCUUGGCAACUCACGUGAGUCACAACGUGACAAACUUCGAGCUCCUGUACGAGCCGUUCUAUGUGGCGUCGGACACAGUGCCGCCGCACGAUGAACGCUUCCUGGGCUACGGUUUCACUAGGAACACCCAGGUUUACGAAAUGUUCCUCGUCGGCUAUCAAUUUCAAGUUCUAUCACCGAUCUUUACAAUACACUGGGGCUUACAGUUGCGGCGAAAUCGCCCGUUGUGGCGAGAGAAACAGAAUGCUAAAAACAGGAAACACUUCGAAACAUUUAAGAGAGAACUAUUCGCUAGGUACAGACGUGACCCACUUCAUCUGUUAAGAAAAAAUGUGCAAGCAAAAAAGACGUAGGCCUCGUCGGGCCGGGCGUGUGCGGCCGGCCUAAUAUGGACUGUAUUUAUUUUGACACUUUGAAAUGCUGCGUGAGAUUUUGAGUGGUCAAGUGACAAGUGCUAUAUAUUAUAUACAGAUGGAUGUUUUAAAUUAAGAAGAAUUUUCAAAACAAUAUUAUCCACCAUUUAGUUUAUCUACCUAUAAUUUUAAUAUUAUAUUUUACUUAAAUAAUAUGUGUAAGAACAAUUUACGUUGAAAAUAUUUUAUAAUAUAAUCGUAGGUACACAAUUGAAACGAACUUCAGACGCGUUUUUGUUCGCUCUAAAAGCUUGUAAUAUUUUAGAGUAUUUUGGUUCCAUUACUUUGCAUUGUAUUUUAUAAGUACAACAAUUGUACAAACAAGAGUUAUCAUAGGUCAUACAGACGAAUGGAAGCACGCGAUAAUAAUCCACUACAUUUAUAAGCAUUAAGAUACAGAAGCAAAAUCGUUCUUAAAUGUCGCUCCUUAUCAAAUCUUCAGUGCACUAGAUAUGUCUCAGAAUCACAUUCUACUAUACUACAAACCUACGAUCUUCAUAUUGAAUUAUUGAAUAAAGUUCAUUUACCUCACAGAACCGUAAUGAACAAUGUAUUUAAUUUUAUGUAUUAUUAAUAAACGCGGAAGGAACCUGGAGAGGGCUUCCUUCUGAAUGUAAUUUGUCUAACAAGUGCCCAAUAAUUAAUUAGGAAUUUAAUAAUAAUUUUAUAUUUAAUUCAAAUAACAUGACGCAAUUAUUUUAGUACCCCAAUGAGGCCAUCUGUACAAGGUCUCUAACUCUCAAGGUGUCUAACUCUGUUAGUCAACUUAGUUAUAAAGCAAUUUCUCCUGCGGCCUAACUCUAGAUAAUACUUUAUGCCAAAUGCAAAGGAAAGUGUUAUUUAACGGUAUUUUCCACACAUUUUUAUACGUUUUCGUUAAUCAUUGUAUUGUAGAAACUCUGCGUUCUGCUACCUUUGUGGUUACCGGAUUUUACCACUCUCUGAAAUAGCAGUAACUGUUAUGUAUUUGUUAUUGUUUAAAGUUUAAGGUAACACUUUAUUUUGUAGUGUAUAACUGUUAUUUUAACUAAGAGGCAUAACUUUUUGUAGUUAAAUAAAAGUCAUAAGUCCUAUAAACCUUGUUAAUGUUUUUAGUUUAGUAUAUUAUUAUAUUAUAUUGAAAGUAGAUGAUCAAUGAAUUUUGUGUAUCGACAAAUUAUUAUUUAAUAAUUAAAUACAUUUUAAAUGGAUUAAGACUCAAAUUUGUACGACAAUUUUUUCAUCCCGAUGAUGGUGGUGAAUGAACAGUAAUGUGUGGUAGCACGUAAAUCAAAAUAGCUUAAAUAUACUUUCAUGUUUUCUUAAUGUACAGUAAAGAUAUAUUAAGUUUUUGUAUCAAGUUUAUGUUGAUCAUAAGUAUAUUUAUUGUUGAAUAUUAGGUAAUAUUUGAUAUCUGUGUGUGUUAGAAAGAUUCUUCUCUUCAUCUGCGUACCUGAUGACAAGGGUUUAAUCGAACAAUCCUGACAAUUCCCAGAAAACAAUCAGAAGAAGAACCAACGCAGAUUCCAGAACUUUUAUAACAAAUUAAAUCUAGAUAGAUAGAUAACUUUGAUAAUCUAUUUGUAGUAAAAAAAACUUAAAAAACAAUACGAAAUGUAGUUGGUCGUAGAAAGCUGUCGCUGGCUGCCAUUGUGUCACUUAAGGCGACACUAAAUGCCAGCGACCUUGAGCGACAUGAGUUCACGGCUGCCGGCCCGCCAUUUAUGUAACAAAGCCAAUAUUUUCAAAAUUCUUGCGUGGAAAACAGUUUAUUUGCUUACAAUCCUCGUUAUUCACAACUAAUCUGAAUAAAUGAACCUACACAAAAAAGUACAAGCUAUAAGAAUAACUUUUCUGGGAGAAGUACCUAAAAAAUGCGUCACGCCAUGCCAAAAAACUUGUUUAUUUUCAAAGAAAUGUGGUAGUUCAAAAAGGCUCGGCAGUGUUAACUAUAACCAACAGCAAGCAUUAGCAACCUACAAAUAAGACUUAAGGAUAUGUGUAACAGGAUUAAGUAGUGUUCAUAGCUUGAAAUGCUAUACUUUCACCACAAAACUUGUCUUAAAACACCAUGUUUACGUAUUUUCUGCUUACUCUUCGCCUUAACAUUAACGUAACAUUAGUAAGUUACGAUCGCACAAAAAUAUACUACACCUAAGUGUUGAACAAUAAUAAUUGUUGUCUUCCUUUUUAUUUCUGUGAGUCUCUGGUUUUUUUAUGAAUCAAGUUUUCUUAUAUGCAUUUAUGUACCUUAAUUUGUGUUAAUUUGUAAACCAUUAGAUCAUAAUAUUAAGAAUUUAUAGACAUUUAAUUUUAAGUAUUCAUAGCUAAAUGAUAAU